AUGCAUUCAUCUAGAGUUUGGAGGUAUCAGUAUGAUAGGUUAAAUCAAGGCUUCUCCGUCCCACUUGUGGCUUAUUUUCACCGUACUCGUAUAAUGCAAGAAAACGUCUCCGACUUUCAGUCUUUUGCUGCUGAAUCAUGGCAUCGCGUGUCUGUUCAACCACAACCACGGGCAGAUGAGACACUUAUAUGGGAAGCGUCAGAUCAUGUCGCUCACUUGAGGUCGAAUUUUUCUCACGAUCAUGGUAUCCAAAAUGGCUUCUCCCAAGACACUCUUCUAAAACUCUUGAACACGAGAAGUUUUGUUAACAAGAAAGAGGGAAAAGAAGGUGCAGAAGGGCCUGAAAUUUGUGUGGUUUGCCAAGACGAAUACGAAGAAAAUGAGAGAAUUGGAAAACUUCAUUGUGGACACGAAUACCAUGUUGAUUGUAUAUCAAAGUGGCUGUUGCAAAAGAAAGUUUGCCCCAUCUGCAAAGCUGAAGCAUUAUCGAAUGGAAGGAACAGUCGAUGA